UCUUUCCUGAAUUUGAUCUACUCUCUUUACUCUUGUUUGCCUAUUAAAACAAGGUGUAGACCAUUAAUCUAUAUCUACUUGAUAUCUGUGCACACAAAGGGCUAUAUAGUAGUUAUCUCAAGCGUUCCGUUAUAUUUUAAAACUGCGUAGAGUGUGUCAACAAAUCAACAUUCUACACACUUAGCAAUGGCAUUACACAGUAACGCGUUGUCGUUCUUAGUGUGUCUUGUAUAUUUUCAAGUCUCUAUUUCACAGGAAGAUCUGACAGUGCUGGAUAAUACGAUUUUAUCACCAAGUAAUAAUUUACUGACAGACAAAGACGAUGAGACGUGUUUGAGCCAAUCGGUUCAGACUAUUACAGUCACUUUUAACAGAACAUAUGUGUUUACAUGGCUGAGGCUCGCUGUAAAAGAUCCACUUUUGCUUCCUGGGUUUUCUGUGCAAUUCAGUAGAACUACAUCCACGUCGAUAAAAAUCGAAUGUCUAAACCAGAAAUAUUUCCUUGUGGACAAUUCUACACUAGACAUUCAAUGUGAUCAACCAGAAGCUAUUCAAACUGUUAUCAUCACUGGAACAGGACAAACAUCGCUUUGUUCGCUGUAUAUAAAUGGAGGUCGUAACGUUGCUUUGAAACAAAGUACGUCCCAAACAACUACUUACUCAGAUAAAUACGGUACAUUCGAUGCUUCUAAAGGUGUGGACGGAAACACAAGCGCCAAUUUCUAUCGUGGUUUAAGUUGUACACACACAGAUAUUUACGAUCCAAACCCAAUGUGGACAGUGACGUUUCCGUUAUCAGAGAUUACGAGAUACAUUUUAUACAACAGAGAUGAUGAGAAUCAAAAUCGACUCGCAAGAUUUAUUUUAGUUGGAGAAAAUUCUGGAUCUCAAAGAUUUAGCUUUAACGACACGUCUACAACUGCAUUGCUUGUUUAUGUUGUUUUGGAUGCUGCUAAAAGUAACAUAACCCAAGUGAAGAUAAACGCAACAGAGUUUCUGACCUUAUGUGAAGUAGAGAUUUAUGGUGUUUGCUAUGAAACCACAUAUGGACAAAACUGUUCUAAAACCUGUUCCAAGAACUGUACUAAUCAAAAAUGUGAUCCAGUCAAUGGAAAGUGUAAUGUGUGCAUUCCAGGUUUUACUGGAGACUUCUGUAAUCAAAUUUGUGCAGAGACAAACUUCGGACAAAACUGUUCACAGAUAUGUUCUCGACAGUGUGCAAAUCAAACAUGCCAUCAUGCAAAUGGAUCCUGCAAACUGUGUUACCCUGGAUAUAUUGGAGACUAUUGUAAUCAAACAUGUCCUCCAGGACGAUUUGGGCAGAACUGUUCGGAAGUUUGCGACUCUAACUGCAACAAUAGUCUAGCAUGUGAUAAUAUCAAUGGAUACUGUUAUAAUGGUUGCAAAGUUGGAUACAGUGGGAACCAGUGCAAUGAAGAGUGUAAAACUGGAAAAUGGGGACGCAACUGUGUCAAUGAGUGUAGCUCUCAAUGCAGAGAUCAGUCUUGUGAUAGAGUUACUGGACGUUGUGAAUACAUCUGUGAUAGCCUUACAAAUCUUUCAUGUCCUUCUGAUUGUCCAAGCGGCUACCAUGGUUCCAAUUGUACCCUCAAAUGUUCCUCCACCUGUAAAGAUCAGUUAUGUAAUAGAAUUGGCUACUGUAUCACAUGCUUACCAGCACAUACUGGUCUCUACUGUGAGAAUGCUUCUGUAUGUUUGGCUUCAGAGAAUGAGACCAGUGGUUUAACAUUUUCAUCCAGCGUUGGUAUUGGAGUAGCUGUUGGUGCUGUGGUUAUCAUCUUGAUUGAUGUCGUAAUAGUUAUUAUAUGCAGAACCAGACUCACCGCAUUAAGUAACAAAAGCCAGGAAGACUUAAAACAUGGAACUCGACAACAGACUUAUGAUACUGUAAAACAGAUGAACGAAUACAAUCACUCGUAUGAACUUUCUAGAUCUAAUUUUGAAGUCCAAGAAAAUCAUGACCAAAAAAGAAACGAAUCAAGUCAGUACGAGAACGCUUCAACUACAAUUUAUGAGACAAUCUCAUAACUACAGAGUUUUUAUAAUUAGACAUAACUUGUUCUAUGUGUAUGGGUGGAUGAAGAUAUUACUACAAUAAUUGUAUCAACAAACACAACCACUACAUGUUUGUAUAUUAAAGCAUAAAUUGAUACAUUAAUGUCUAGUCCUAUUACUUAUUGAUAUACUAUAUUAUUGUGUAUUUUAAUAUAAUGUCUUAAUAUAGGAAAACAUGGCUUGAGUACAUUAUUCUUUUGGUAUAAAUUCCUUAGUAGCAUUUUCAAAAUAUUUAAUGCACA